CGUCUGCGGCGGGGUUGGGGCUAGAUUUAUAUGCGCCUGGUCAGCUGACGAUCUGCAUUGCAGCCUGCGGAGUGAAGCGGCGCCAUGUAUGCUCUCGCUCUCCUCGCCAGCCUUCUGGUCACCGCUCUGACCAGCCCUGUCCAGGACCCGAAGAUCUGCUCUGGGGGCUCAGCAGUAGUGUGCAGAGAUGUGAAGACGGCGGUGGACUGUAGGGCUGUGAAGCACUGCCAGCAGAUGGUCUGGAGCAAGCCCACAGCAAAAUCCCUUCCUUGUGACAUAUGCAAAACAGUUGUCACCGAAGCUGGGAACUUGCUGAAAGAUAAUGCUACUGAGGAGGAGAUCCUCCAUUACCUGGAGAAGACCUGUGCGUGGAUUCAUGACUCCAGCCUGUCAGCCUCUUGCAAGGAGGUGGUUGACUCUUACCUGCCGGUCAUCCUGGACAUGAUUAAGGGGGAGAUGAGCAACCCCGGGGAAGUGUGCUCUGCGCUCAACCUCUGCCAGUCCCUUCAGGAGUACUUGGCCGAGCAAAACCAGAGACAGCUGGAGUCCAACAAGAUCCCGGAGGUGGACCUGGCCCGCGUGGUUGCCCCCUUCAUGUCCAACAUCCCUCUCCUGCUGUACCCUCAGGACCGUCCUCGCAGCCAGCCCCAGCCCAAGGCUAACGAGGACGUCUGCCAGGACUGUAUGAAGUUGGUGACUGACAUCCAGACUGCUGUGAGGACCAACUCCAGCUUUGUCCAGGGCUUGGUGGACCACGUCAAGGAGGAUUGUGACCGCCUCGGGCCAGGCGUGUCUGACAUAUGCAAGAACUAUGUUGACCAGUAUUCUGAGGUCGCCGUCCAGAUGAUGAUGCACAUGCAGGAUCAGCAACCCAAGGAAAUCUGUGUGAUGGUUGGCUUCUGUGACGAGGUCAAGAGAGUGCCAAUGAGGACUCUGGUCCCUGCCACUGAGGCCAUCAAGAAUAUCCUCCCUGCCCUGGAGCUGACGGACCCCUCUGAGCAGGAUGUGAUCCAGGCCCAAAAUGUGAUUUUCUGCCAAGUUUGUCAGCUUGUGAUGCGCAAGUUGUCUGAACUGAUUAUCAACAAUGCCACUGAGGAACUUCUAAUUAAAGGUUUGAGUAAAGCCUGCUCCCUGCUCCCUGCUCCUGCUUCAACCAAGUGCCAGGAAGUGCUGGUAACAUUCGGCCCCUCCCUGUUGGACGUCCUCAUGCAUGAGGUGAACCCGAACUUUCUGUGCGGUGUGAUCAGCCUCUGUUCUGCCAGCCCGAAUUUGGUGGGGACCCUUGAACAACCUGCAGCAGCCAUUGUAUCUGCACUGCCCAGAGAGCCUGCACCGCCAAAACAGCCCGAAGAGCCCAAGCAGUCUGCACUGCGCGCCCAUGUGCCUCCUCAGAAGAACGGGGGGUUCUGCGAGGUGUGCAAGAAGCUGGUCAUCUAUUUGGAACAUAACCUGGAGAAGAACAGCACCAAGGAGGAGAUCCUGGCUGCACUUGAGAAGGGCUGCAGCUUCCUGCCAGACCCUUACCAGAAGCAGUGUGAUGACUUUGUGGCUGAGUAUGAGCCCUUACUGCUGGAAAUCCUUGUGGAAGUGAUGGAUCCUUCCUUUGUGUGCUCGAAAAUUGGAGUCUGCCCUUCUGCCUACAAGCUGCUGCUGGGAACCGAGAAGUGUGUCUGGGGCCCAGGCUACUGGUGUCAGAACAUGGAGACUGCUGCCCGAUGCAAUGCUGUCGAUCAUUGCAAACGCCAUGUGUGGAACUAGCUUUCCAGCUUGCAGAAGUCACCUACUUGUGGGUCUAGGGUAAUGAACACAUAGAUCUAUUUGACUUAAUAAGUAGGAGCCCCCUUUUGUCUUCCCCCAUCUCCUCUCCCUUACUAUAGCAUUUCUGUCACGUAAGAGGCGCUGACAGCCACUUCCGUGUCCCAUUUCUGCUCCAAGGAUGAGGACACCUUGGGCUUCAGCUCCCCGGCUGCCCUUUUCACCCACCUGCUGGAGGGGGGUGGUGAGCCAGAGGGCAGGAGCAUGUGCUGAGCCCUUUCUCGGUGUGUAGGGGAUCAUGGCCAUCUCCUAGUGUGAGGGAGCUGCGCAACUUCCUGUGGUACCAAGGAGUUUAAUUUGGAUGCUUAGAAGCACAGAGUGAUCAGGCCUUUAGAGUGUGGGAUGGCCAUUGCCCCCGCACAGAGACUUGAGAAGCACCUGCUGCAGGUGGCUUGCUUGGGACGUUGCCGUCCCUGGUCAGCCUUCAUUCUGCUUUCCCGUCUUCCCAUCUGCCUUGUUGGGGAUCUGUGGGGUAGGGUGGGGAGGGGGAACUUCUGAAUGUAACUUGCCUGUGCCGUGUGACAGUCGUGGGCCUGAUCUUUUGUUCGUGAGGCCCAUAAAUGGGGUCUCUGCCUGGCUGUUUGGGGUCCCAUACGCCUUUCCUACCCGUAGCUCUUGUUGAACUGCUUGUUCACCUCAUGGGUGUAAGAAUCGUGGAUCGUUCUGGUGAGGAGACAGCCAGCAGGAUGGGCAUGUGCAGUUGAAUGGAGCUAGAUUUUGUUUUGCACUAAAGUUUCUGUGACUUAAUAAAAUUCUGUUAACCAGA